UCUCCAGAACACAGUAGCUAGCCUGUUAGCUAGGGCUUCCAAAGAUAUGAGCCGCGAAAGAAACCACAGUUUUACCGAAACAAGCCUUUCUCCUGACCCUCAAAACGCAUUCAUGGACACGCCGGUGUCUGCAGCGCGACCCGAUGAUGAUUUCUUGGAAUUCGAGCCCGACGAGGAGCUUCUCUGCUCGGUGAGCGACAUCACCGAACACCUUGGGAGAAACAUAACAGUGGUGCUCGAGACGGCGUUGUCCGAAAUCAGGAAAAUGGUCAGCGUCAGGAUACGGGUCCUGAAAAUGGAGCUUCGGGAGAAAACGGACGAAAUCGAAGUCCUAAAAGCAAGGCUAGAGGUGCAAAUAGACGGUAGGGACCCGUAUCCUGGCGGAAUGACCACCGAGGCGUCAUCUGUAUUCAGGAAAUCCGACUUCCAUUCAGGCAGCAAGCACAACAACAACGACCACAAGAAAGCCAAACCAGCCAUGCCUGGCGUAAAGAAAGAAAACAUCAAUGCCAUUUGCGACUAUCUGAUGAAAGAUAAGAAUUCACGGGGUGCUGAAGCAGACAGCGACCCGAGCAAUCCUUCGUCUGGUAGCGACAGGGACAGCCGCAACGACCCCCAGCCGCACUCCCUCAACCACCUGUGGCCGGACAGUGGCAUCCCUGGCGCGGGACCUGGGGACGGGGAAUCGGACUCGGCCACGGAUGACAUAUUCGACAUGUCGCUACCAUCUGGAAGCAAGCGGAUCCACGACUAUGAGUGGAUUACUGGGGUGGAGUACACGUCGGAUUUGAAAGGUAACCUCAUAAAAAAUUCACUGCACCAAUUAAUCACUAACCUCAUCAAUCACUCACUGUACUAAUCAAUCACUUGUAGGAUUAACAUUGGCAAUGGAGUAGGGACGAAUUUUGGAAUAUAUGCUGAUGUUAUCCAGUCCUGCAGCAUUGCAUGUGUCUCUAUGUAAAGAGGCUGUAUAGGACCACUGUACUUUUCUAUAAAAGGGCAUGAUUAAACACAAACCAUAUGUUUGUUUUCUGAGGUAUGAGGGAGCCAAAAUCUGAGAGUGCCACAACACCAGAUGAGGAAGAUGUUGAAGAGUGUGAUGAGUCAAAAGAAGAAGGGGAUGUUGGAUUGGAGUAUCCCCCAGUGCCUCUCUCCCAUGACAGCCACACCCCCAACUUUCCCCUGCACCCCCAGGGCUCUCCCGGAGGGGAGGGGGACAGUUCUUUGGAGGACCAUGUGGAUCGACUAGAACCAGGUGAGUGAAGAGAGGAGAUGGAAGACGUCGUAGUUGGCACACGUAAACAUCCUUUACAUCAGGGUUCUUCAAUUCCGGUCCUGGAGGGCCGAAACACUUCUGUUUUUUAUUUCUACCUGGUAGUUAAUUGCACUCACCUGGUGUCCCAGGUCUGAAUUAGCCCCUGAUUAGAAGGAGAGGAUGAAAAACAGAGGUGUUUCGGCCCUCCAGGACCGGAAUUGAAGAACCCUGCUUUACAUCGUUCAUUUUUGAUCUAUCAUCUUCACAUUUCUUUGCACCAUACAUUUUGAUUAUUGUUUUAGUUAUUUUUUGCAGCCUUCUGACCAAUCCUUAUUGUCGUCGGCUGUAUGCUCCUAUUGCAUGCUGAUGAACUAGAGGACAGAGUGCAAUAACCAUAAUCAUUACAUUUGUCUACUCUGUUCACAGGUCAGCAGUUUCCCUCCCACACAUACCUCUGCCCUCUGUGUGGAACCUUCUGCCCCGACUCCUUGUUCCUGGAGGAGCACCUCAAACUGAUACACGGCGACACCACCGGCACCCACAGCGCCCUGCAGUCCACCUCCAUUGCUCCCCUCACUCUAGGAGAGGGUAGCAGUGACUCCAAGCGGGGCUUGACGGGGCUUGAAGGAAGGAGCAUUGGGGCUGGAGCUAGGGGGAUGGGCCUAGCAAGAGGAGGAGGAGGAGGAGGAGUAGGGACGAGGGAGAAGAAAGUGGAAGGGGGUUACGAGUGCGGAGACUGCGGCCGCCAUUUUAACUACCUGGGCAACCUGCGGCAGCACCAGCGCAUUCACACGGGGGAGAAGCCCUUCAUAUGCCCAGAGUGUGGGGAGAAGUUCCGGCACGCUGCCCGAUUGAAGAGUCACCGGCUGGGGCACAACGGAGGUCAGAGCCCCUUCCCCUGCCCCCAGUGUGGGAAGGGCUUCCCGGUACUCUCCGGCUUAAAGAGACACCAGCGGGUACAUACGGGGGAGAGUCCCUACGCGUGCCAGCAGUGUGGGCGGCGCUUCAAGGAACUGGGUAACCUGUACACCCACCAGAGGAUUCACAGUGGUGCCACGCCCUACUGCUGCCAGCAGUGUGGGAGGAGUUUCCGCCACCUGGGCACCUACAAGAGCCACCGCUGCACCCCCACACAGUGA